GAGGGGAGAUGCUGGAUUCGGGAGAAGGUCCGCCAUUAUUGGGAAGCAGAAAAAAAAAAUAGACUUAAACACAACGUCACACAUUUAUCCUGCAAGGGGCUUAACAUCAGAAAGGAAAAUAGGAGGCUUUCCUACGAGCUGCUGCUCCUGUGAACGCAGCGCUUUGCUUCAGUCACGGCUGGAGAUCGCGUUUCCUCACGGACUCUUUUUUUUUUUUAUUUUUGACACAACAAAGGAAAUAAUAAUUGGUCAAAACAACGUGGUGGUGAAGCAAGAAGGGAAAACACACCGAAACAGCCUUUCCAACGCCUCCCCCUUUUUUUUUUCUUCUCUCCUCGCAACACAGUCGAGCUGGAAAAGACUUGGAGUUCAUUUUUUUUUUCUUUUUCCUGAUUUAGUUUUUUUUUUUUCUCUCUGCUCAGAAAAGGGAAAGAGAAACAGCGAUGCAUCCCGUGUUUGAAAACUUCAGACUGGUGAAAACGAGCGCUUAAUGUGAGAAGCGAUGGACAGACAUCAGCGUGUUUACUGAGAGAGAGAGAAAGAGAGAGAGAGGGAGAGAAAAAGCGGAAAAUAAUCGAUGUGAGCGCUUUGUAGGGAGUGUUUUUGUCUGCUUUUUUUGAAAGUCUUUCCCCGGCUGUGGGUCGCACAGAGAGGAAGAAAGGAGUGGACGAGGAGCUGGAGACACAGGAAUGAUAUGGGCCAGACCUCUGCCCAGUGAGCUCCUCUUGCAUGGAAACCCUGCUUCAUUGGCAGCCUCCUCCUCUGCCUAGAGUUAGCAGCCAGCAUGGCAGGAUGAGCCUCUGCCAGCGACGAUGAUGGCCAAAAAGCAAGAUGUCCGGGCACCCACCUACAACCUGGUCGUGGUUGGGCUGUCCGGCACGGAGAAGGAGAAAGGCCAAUGUGGUGUGGGCAAGUCCUGCCUGUGUAACCGAUUUGUCCGACCAAGUGCGGAUGACUUCUACCUAGACCACACCUCCGUUCUCAGCACCAGUGACUUUGGAGGUCGUGUAGUGAACAAUGACCACUUCCUGUUCUGGGGAGAAGCUGGGAGGACUGUUGAGGAGGGGCCUGAAUGCCGUAUGAAUGUGGUGGAGCAGACGGAGUUCAUUGAUGAUCAGACGUUCCAGCCGCACCGUAGCACGGCGCUCCAGCCUUACAUCAAGAGGGCUGCUUCCACCAAGCUGGCUUCAGCUGAAAAACUGAUGUACUUCUGCACAGAUCAGCUGGGGCUGGAGCAGGACUUUGAGCAGAAACAGAUGCCCGAAGGCAAACUUAUGGUGGAUGGCUUCUUACUUUGUGUGGAUGUUAGCAGGGGUAUGAACCGUAGCUUUGAGGACCAGAUGAAGUUUGUUACCAACCUUUAUAACCAGCUAGCCAAAACUAAGAAGCCUGUGGUACUGGUUCUCACCAAAUGUGAUGAAGGAGUUGAGCGCUAUAUUAAAGACUCACACACCUUUGCCCUAGCCAAGAAGAACCUACAGGUGGUGGAAACAUCGGCACGCUCAAAUGUCAACGUUGACCUAGCCUUUCUUACACUGGUUCAGCUAAUAGACAAGAGUAGGGGAAAGCCUAAGAUUAUCCCUUACUUUGAGGCACUUAAACAGCAGAGUCAACAGAUUGCCUCAGCCAAAGACCGCUAUGAGUGGCUGGUCAACCGAAUUGUGAAGAACCACAACGAGAUGUGGCCAGCUGUCAGUCGCCGCAUGCAGUCGGCCAAUGAGUACAAGGAGUAUGUUUUCCUUGAGGGCACAGCUAAAGCCAAGAAGCUCUUUCAGCAGCACGUGCAUAGACUGAAACAAGAGCAUAUAGAGAAACGCAGGAAGUCCUAUCUAACUACUCUGCCGCAGGCCCUGUCUGUACUAUUACCAGAGUUGAGUGAGAUAGACCACCUGAGCUGGUCUGGGGUUCAGAAAGUCCUGGAGACAAAGAGAGAUUUCUCCCAAUGGUUUGUAGUGCUAGAUGAUACACCUUGGGAGAUCACACCACACAUUGAUAACAUGGAGGAUGAUCGAAUCCCCCAAGACCUCCUAGAGACCCCAGCAGCUGAAACUAUCUAUGAGACUCAUCUGGAGCAGCUAAGGAAUGAGCGCAAACGGGCUGAGAUAAGAUGGGAGUUCAAGGAGAAGCUAAGUGUCUCUCCUUUCAUCACACCAGGGAAACCGUGGGAGGAGGCUCGAAGCUUCAUCAUGAAUGAAGAGUUCUACCAGUGGCUCGAUGAAGUUGAAUAUCUGGAUAUCUACAACAAACAUCAGAAGGAAAUCAUUGACCGGGCUAAAGAGGACUUUCAGGAACUGCUUCUUGAAUACUCUGAGCUGUUUUAUGAGCUAGAAGUGGAUGCAAAACCAAGUAAAGAGAAAAUGGGAGCUAUUCAGGAGCUGUUGGGUGAGGAGCAAAGAUUCAAAGCCCUACAGAAGCUACAGGCAGAAAGGGAUGCUCUAGUAUUGAAACAUAUCCACUUUGUCUACCAUCCAACAAAGGACACUUGUCCCAACAGCCCCCACUGUGUCGACAGUAAGAUAGAGCAGAUACUGGCCUCCAGAUUCCCCACCCGCUACCCGUCAUCAGACUGGAUGGGGGGGAGGGCUGAGCGGAUAAAUCUUGUCAUCCUAGGGAGAGAUGGGUUAGCUAGAGAGAUGGCAAAUGAGAUAAGGGCCUUGUGCACCAGUGACGACCGGUACGUGUUAGAUGGCAAGAUGUAUGAGUUAGCUCUUCGACCCAUAGAGGGGAACGUACGUCUGCCAGUCAAUUCUUUCCACACGCCAACCUUUACACCCCAUGGUUGCCUGUGUUUGUACAAUUCAAAGGAAUCCCUCUCCUAUGUUGUUGAGAGCAUAGAGAAGCUUAGAGAGUCAACUAUUAGCAGAAGGGAAAGGGAAAACAGCUUAGCGCAGCUCCCACUGUCCCUCCUUCUGUUCACCAAGCGGGGGGUCGGGUCCAUAGGGGAUAUUGGAGGGGAGACAGCUCAAACUCUUAUACAGCAAGGGCAGCAGGUGGCUGGAAAGUUGCAGUGUGCCUACCUAGACCCUGCCUCCCCUGGCAUGGGUUAUGGCCGCAAUGUCAAUGAGAAGCAGAUCAGCCAGAUGCUGAAGGGCCUCCUAGAAUCACGGAGAAGCAUAGGUAGCAGUUCCCCUCCGUUACCUCCACCAUCUUCUGCCUUCAGAGACUCUCAGUCCCAGCCAGCGCCUGAGGCAGACCUGAGGAUAGUCAUCUGCCUGAUGUGUGGAGACACGUAUGACCUAGACCAACUCCUUGCUCCCUUCCUUCUGCCCCAGCAUUGUCGUCCCGCUUCUAACCUCAGCAGUGGCACCUCCGUUCUGCUGGAUCUCAAUGUAGGAGGUCAGAGGCAGAACAUGGAGCUGUCACUGCUCUCCUUCCAUUCCUCAUUCUCCCUCCGCAAGACUGGUCUAGUUCACGGCUACAUUGCAGUUUAUUCUGCUCGCCGAAAGGCUUCCAUGGAGACAUUAUGUGCUUUCCUGUGUGAGGUCCAAGACAUCAUCCCAGUCCAGUUGCUAGCAGUAGGAGAGAGCCAGAUGGAGCUGACAGACUCAGAAUCAGCAAAGGAACAAGUCAGUCAGGGAGAGGAACUGGCCCAUGAAAUAGAGGCCAGAUUUAAUACAGUAAUAUGUGGACAUGGUGGGGUAGUAGGGGGGCUUCAUAAGAUAGACCUUUUCCAAUCCUUCUUCAAAGAGGUCAUAGAGAAGCGCACUAUUGUUGAGGCCACACACAUGUAUGACAAUGUGGCUGAGGCAUGUACCAAUGAGAGCAUCAGCCCUCGCUGUGGCUCUCCUAGUCCUGUUAACAUUCUUAUGGACUCAGAGGAUGAUAUCGACCCGUCACCACCUUACCCUACCAUGAGGGAGGAUGGUAGUCUCGGCUCCCACCUGGGAAGCUACAAGAUUCCAGAUCUGGAUUCAAGUGAUACCUUCUCUGUCAUUUCUGAGCUCAGCACAUUUGAGAGCAAGCUGAAUAACAAGGUUCCUCCACAAGUGAAGCCCAAACCUGUCCGUAAGGUUAAUCUCGGCCCCUACAUGGACUCACAGGGAGGCACCAACCGUCGCUCCCUGCCCCAAGCUGUUACAUGGGCGCCAGGUAGCGAUGGUGGCUAUGACCCCUCAGACUAUGCAGAGCCCAUUGAUGCUGUGAGCAAAUCUAGACCCGCAGAUGAGGAGAAUAUUUACUCUGUCCCUCAUGACAGCACACAAGGCAAGAUUAUCACCAUCCGCAAUGCCAACAAGGGUCACUCCAAUGGGAGUGCUGGGGGGAAUGGGUCAGACAGCGAGGCUGAUAGCAGCUCACUGGAGCGCAGGAGAAAGUUGUCUGCCAUUCAUGUAAAGCCUAAACUUUACAGAGACAGAUCCAAACGGCUUGGGAAAUUCAGCAAUUUUAGGACAAGCUUCUCUCUGGGCAGUGAUGAUGAGAUGGGGGGUCCACCCAAGACUAGCCAGGAUGACGGAGGAGCACAAAAGGACUCCAUUGAGGAGAGCGAGGAUCCUAAAAGGAGAAAUAUUCUCAAGAGCCUGCGCAGAAAUACAAAGAAACCACGACCCAAACCAAGGCAUUCUAUCUCAAAACCCAUCGAAAGCAACUACUUUGGCAUGCCGCUGACCACCGUGGUCACCCCCGAGAGACCCAUCCCCGUCUUCAUUGAGAAGUGCAUCCGUUUCAUCGAAACAACAGGGUUGAGCACAGAGGGCAUCUACAGGGUCAGCGGGAACAAAGCAGAAAUGGAGAGCAUGCAGCGGCAAUUCGACCAAGACCACAACCUGGACCUGGUGGAGAAGGAUUUCACCAUCAACACGGUCGCAGGAGCCAUGAAGGCCUUCUUCUCCGAGCUACCUGAGCCUCUGGUGCCCUACAGCAUGCAGGGAGAGCUGGUGGAGGCCUUCAAGAUCAACGAUAGGGAGCAGCGCUUCCAGACGAUGAAGGAUGUUCUGCGCCGCUUCCCCAAGGAGAACUACGAGGUCUUCAAAUAUGUCAUCAGCCACUUGAACAAGGUGAGCCAGCACAACAAGUUAAAUCUGAUGACCAGUGAGAACCUGUCCAUCUGUUUCUGGCCCACACUCAUGAGGCCAGACUUCACCACCAUGGAUGCCCUGACUGCCACCCGCACCUACCAGACAAUCAUCGAGAGCUUCAUCCACCAGUGCGCGUACUUCUUCUACAAUCAGCCGCUGGCCGACGGUCUCCCAGGCUCCCCCACCUCUACGCUCUCCGGGGGAGGAACCUCGGCCUACUCCUGCAUGGCCGGCGGCUACUCAUCCUCACCGACUCCGUCCCCGACCCCCUACGUCCUCCCCGCCACCCCUCCGGUCAUCCCCCACUAUGGCCCUCCCAUCCACCACCAUCACCACCACCACCACCACCAUCACCAUCAACACCAGUCCCCUCCCCACUCCCCGCCUCCCACUCCCCAGUCCCCGAUCCCAGCCUUGCUGCCGCCCUCCCUGCAUCCCCAUCACCCCCCGACGGAACAACACACGCUGUGAACCAGGGAUCAAGGGAAAGAGAGAGGAAAAAAAAAAUAACAACAAGCAGGCGGAUAACAAGAUUCAGCGAUUCAAAGGUUCAGGAUGAGAGAUUUCACAGUUUGGGAAAGGAACUGAAGAAGAUAAACUGAAACAAGAACAGGAGCUAGGAAGUGAAGUUGGGAGAGAUUGAGUGAGAUGCAGUAUGUACAGGGAGAAACCUACAUGUUUGGGAGAAGAAAGGGGGCGUUCGAGCCUCUGUUGCUUUUAGAAUAAAAAAAAAUAAAAAAAAGGACACACACACAAGCCAGGAAGAACCUCUGAACUGGCAGUAUGAUCUUUCUCCCUCCCCGUCACUUUAUCCCUUUGUCUCUCAGUCUCACUUCAUCUAGACCUGCCCUCCUUGCCUUAUAGCGAAUCUACACACACAAACACACUAAUGACGAGUGAGAUGUUGCCAGUAAUUGUUAAAGGGACUCAGGGAGGGAUUAAGAAGUACAGUGCAAAAGGGGGAAUGUGAACUCUGUAAUGUUGGGACUGCUUCAGCACACGCGCAACCGCACACACAACAUGCACUCGACGCAAACGCCCAGCGGCCAGCGUGCCUCCAAACAGCCCUCAAUCUCUCAGCUUCUAACUGCGCUGGGAAAUUUGGUGGCCAGCGCAUGUUUUCUUUUGUUUUGUUUUGGGUUUUUUUUUUGCAAAACCAACCCACCUGCUGUACGUUCCUGGAGGCUGCGACUGGGACGAAGUGGAGCAGACAGCUAGUCCUGAACAUGUUUUGUUUAUUUCACCACUGUACAGAGGACUUAAGCAAGAAACACGUGUUACUACUCACCCGACAGGAUGUUCUGUCCUCCGCGACUCACAAAUUCCUAUCUGUCAACCCCCUUUCACAGCCAUGCAUACACACACACACACAAACAAAAUCAGUUUUAGUCAAGGCAACAUGCCAAGCACAGAAAAAAAAAAAAAAAAAAAAUCUCGACCGACUGGAUCUGCUGGGCAGCAAAUUGAAGCAAAGGAUUAUGGGUGCUGUGACACCCAUGGCAUUCUGGGAAGGCUCCUCCCAGUCUCCUAUUUGCUCUCCCUGUCACUUUGAACUUGAUGCUUUGUCCUUGUAAACACAUGAAAAACAAAAAAAACAGCUUAACAUGAUUUUUUUUUUUUUUUUGAAAUCUUGAUUCCACACUCACAUUCCCAUUGUGUUUAUAUUAUGUUGUUUAUUUGAGAAAAUCUGGGCCGAUCUGACGACGAGUGCGUAAGUGUGUGGCUGGCUGUCUCACUGUCUGCGUGCACCUGUAUCCAUGCCUUUUAGGUUUACCUGAAUUUCCCUGUAUUAGACAGAUAGUGGGAAUAAUGCCAGUGUUGGACCUUCACCUGUCAUGUUGCUUCUUUCACGCUGUGGUGGUUUUACAAGCGAGCUGGUGCUGCAGUUUUACGUAGUAAGGACCUUGUUCAAAAAGCACUUUUCUGAGCACUUUGAAGGCACAUUUUUAAAUUGGGGCUGCCGCGACAUGACAGCCACCGUUCACUUUAUUGUCAGUCCACCCUACUCUCUCUCUCUCUCUGGGAGCACACCACUGACAUCUAGAGGAAGAAAUGGGUUGCAGCCAUAACCUCACUUCCACUACUGCAUGGGCGUAGCACCAUUCUCCUUGACUGUGGUUUCUUGUAGAGCCUCUCAUAGGUGCAAUUGUCAAGAUUAAUCAUCAUUGUAUGUCAGGUGGAAUUAACUUAGGUGUACUAGUAUAAAUAAAAGAACUGCAGCAGUUUCAAAUCUGGUACAAAUCAAUUGAGAUUACAUAGAUCUAGACUGUGUAGCCAUGAAGCAUGUGGCCACAGUGCAGUUGGUUUAACAUGCAGUGAAAGAAAUUGCCUCUGUCUUUUGUUGUUAGUUUCCAGUUCCCUUUGGGCGCAAAGUCAGCACUCAGCCCUUUGUAAAAGAGUUUAUUCCACUUCCCACAUACCAUAUUUUAGUGGAAGGAAAUGAAGACAGAGAGACUGAGGCACAAUGUAGCAUUACAGGCCAGAGAGUUGGAAGAAAGCCUCGAGCUUUGACAGGUGGGAGGCUUUUUAUACUUCGAAAUAAUUGGUAACCACUUCUCCAAGCCCCAGCAUGAUGUCCUCUUAGGACACAGUGUUAUGUCUCUGGAACGGACUCUCUAAGUUGGUCUCGAUGGACUCGAAAUAUAAUUUGCAAGAGUGUAAGUAACCACUACACCGGACUCCCUCCCCCUCCUGCCUCCUGCCUCCGCCGUCACUGUUAUGCCACCACAUCCCCUAGUCAUUCCCUGUCCAAGAGAGACAGUUGGGUCUGGGAGAGACAGCAGACAGAACAGACAGUCCAUUCAUCCGUCUGCAUGACUGGAAUGGAGCAUCACAAAAUUCCUCGGCCCAGCCUGCUGUUACCGUAGAAACCAGCGAGAUGGGGCUCGAGGAGAGUCGCUGAGCCCCGAUCGAAGCAGUUUUCAAAAUGUGUGUGCGUCGCGCGUGUGCGUCCCUGUGUUUCGUGCGUGCGCGGACUUAUGCGCGUUAAUGUUAAACAGAUGCUCGCCAAGGUCACCGUUUGACACUGAAUUGCAUCUCUGCACGUCUCUCCAGACUGCCCUCUCUGCCCGAAAGAUGGAGGAGGAAGAAAAAAAAAAAAAAAAACCCUUUCAACCAAUCACUGACUCUUGAAGGAGCUUUCAUCAGUCCACACUACCUAUUUACCUUGCGUGUGGGUGUAUGUAUGUUUGUAUGUGCGUGUGAUAGAGGAAUUAGGAGUGUGUGUGUGUGUUUGUGUGUGUGUUUGGGCGGGUUCGGGGCUAACAUGCUAGUAAGCUGUGCUUUGGCCGGCAGCCAGACACCAGCGUGAUCCAAACGAACGUGAAGGAGAGGAAUGCAGCUCUCCUCGCGGUCAUUACCCCACUGUGUAACCCUGUUAGCUCGUCCAGAUUACACACACUGAUCCUCAGAGAAAGUGUGAGAGAGAUAGGGGAGGGGGGGGAGAGGGGGGAGAGAGGGAGGGAAGACAGACAGCAAACGGGUGAAUGGGAUCAUUAUUUGGGAGAGACGGAGGGAGGAAGGAGGGGUGACCACUGGUACUUGUGUGUGAACGCCGGCCAGUGGCGUUCCCUGUGUAUAUCAAUGUGUUAAUACUGAACUGACUGUGAGGCAGCCAAAGACUGUGGAAAAAAAGGGGGGAGGGGGGCUUGAUGGGGAGAGACGGGAAGCAAAGUGACAAUUUAGAAGAACAGUUGAAUUUUUUUUUUUUAAAUGUGACUUUGGUUCAGCGAUAAUAUGUGGCUGCAUUGCUUUUCUUUUGUUUUUUUCUUUUGUUUUUUUUCCAACAAUGGUGACAGAUGUCUGUUAAGUUAAAUUGAGAAACAAGCAAAACUAUAUUCAAAUGGUUGUUUAUUGGUAUGUUAGGGGGUCUAACACUUUGCCCUUUAGUCAGUGGUGAUAGAAAAAAAAAAAUUUCUUUUUAUGUUUUUAUUUUAAUAAUUAAAAAAAUACAACUUUUUUUUUUUUUUUUUUUUUUUUUAACAAUUUCUUUGUGAACGAUUGAGAGACCAGCCCAGUAUAGUGCAUGAUUUCUUCCCGACCGAGGAAGAGGGCUCCACCACUCUCACUAUUUAAGAGAUGAUAAAAAAAAAAAAAAUAUUAAGAAAUAAUGGGGGGGAUGAAAAUAAUAAAAAAAAAAUAAAUGAAGUACUGUAAACUGAAAAGAUAACAUCAAACAAAAAAAACUGUCAUUAUUUGCUGAGUAUGGUAAUUUGUCUCAAUGGGAAUGGUGUAUACAGCAAGGCCUUAUGUGAUCUGUAUCAUAGUUAAUAAAUCAAAUCUUGUAAAAA